UGUUGAGCAAGCAUGUACUUUGCACUUUUGAAAGGAAUAUCUGAGAAGAUUUGAAGGAGAAAUGAAGAAACAUUCAGGCAAACAACAUAUGCACAAAGAAACCCUCGGCAUUGAGGAAGAUCUUGAGUUAACCAUACUGUUCCUCGGGGACCUCUGUCAUGUCUCAUGCUCAGCUAAAUAGGAUCCGACGACUUCUCUACUCUAUGCAACUGACGGACCCAUGGAGACUGGCUCAUCCAGACACACGAAGUUUCCAUUCAACCCAAAAUUGGGGAUUGACAAUCCAGCAUUGUGCCUUGGUGAAGAUCCAGGAACAGACCCUGAGCCAGCACCUCGAGUAUGUGUGCUAAGGAAAGAUGCUAAUGGUACUUUUGGAUUCUACUUACGAAUGGAGAUAGAACGUGAUGGCCAUGUUAUUCGUCAAGUUGUUCCUGGAGGACCAGCCCAUCUUGCAGGACUAAAAGAUGGAGACCAAGUGCUGCAGGUUAAUGGGGAAUAUGUGCAUGAAGAAGCGCACAUCAGGGUGGCACAAAAGGUAAAAGCUAGUGGUUCCCGCUUGUCACUUACAGUGCUGGAUGAAGAGAGCUAUGAGAAAAUGUGUGCUGAAAAAAUCUCACCAAUAUCCAUUCUUACUAAUUAUAUCCCGGAAUCAUGUCCCAGGCCAAAACUUUGCUUAGUACGAAAUGAGGGGAAAGGCUUUGGGUUCACAGCCACUGCUACAGGUGGUGUGCGUGGCACAUUUUUGCUCACAGUUGAAGAUGGGGGUGCUGCCCAAAAGGCUGGUGUUCCUCAAGGAGCUCGACUGCUUGAAGUUAAUGGUGAAAGUAUUGUGAGCUUAACAAUGAGCCAGCUAAAUAAAAAGUUACAGCAAAGUGGUUCUCGUGCAGUCCUCUUAGUUCUAGAAUCAUCUGCCUGGGCCAUGUAUGAAUCUUGUGGCAUAAAACCAAGCAUAGCAUUUGCUGAUACAUCUUCCUUACCCUACCAACCACAGAAGCUUUAUUUGGUGCGAUGCCACCAGGGAUAUGGUUUCCUUUUGAGGCAAGAGAGAUGUGUAGGAGGGCAAGGCCAAUUUCUGCGUGAGCUGGACCCAGGACUUCCAGCAGAAGUUGCCGGUAUGCGUGAAGGAGAUUGUUUAUUAGGAGUGAACGGACAGAGUGUGGAGGGAUUGGAACAUGAGGACAUUGUCAGUCUCAUUCUGGAAAGUGGAAAUCAAGUAACUCUACUUGUCAUUAGCAAUGAGGGAGACAGAUUUUACAGAGAGAUUGGAACUUCACCCCUGCUUUUUUAUGAAGAUAAGAGUCAUAACAAAGUUUCUGAAGUGUAUUAAUCACUUUCGAGAGAAUUACCCACACCCAGUACUUUACAGGGGGAGGAAACAUUGCAAACACAGACAAAGGAAGAAAAAGCAACAUAGAGCAGUGAGGAAUAAUACAAGAAUUUAUACUCAGAUCGCUGUCUCCAACUAUGAGUGAUGUUUUUGUUGCCUGUCCUCCAUUUCUUAUGCUCUAGCAGAAGCUAUAAUUAAUUGUCAAAUAAGCAGAGUGUUUUUACAUCUGGAACCUGCACUUUAUACCACAUGAGCCAAAUCUGUUAAACAGUACACACUCUUCCCCUACUAUAAGAUAUUUUCUCUUACAAAGUCACAUUUUUAAAUAUAAAAAAAAAAUACUCUUAGUACAAAAUGUAAACAUAUAAUUGUCUCUGAAACUGCCACACAGCCAUCUGAUACUGAUUUUCUUGUGAUACAGUACAGUGUCUUAGAUUUUCAGUGCUUUUUAUUAAAAAUU